AUUGGAAAUUCAAUUUCGGGUCAUCAUCUUCCGGGUCGGAUAUUCGCCCCAGGAUAUGCAUCACUUCAACUACUUCUGCUGGCUUGGAGCAAACACUGCCAUGGAUAUAUUAUCACAAAGUUAUUGGUAUUGCAAGGUUUUUCAUGUUUGUGGAGGGUAAAGCCGCUUCCCCUCACAUGUCGAAGGUCCUUGAAUCGAUCCCGGGGGUAAGUGUCAUAUAUAGAACAAGAGAAUUAGAGGCACGGCAAGAGAAAAGCCGGAUUUGGAAUGAAACCUGGCUGUCGAACUUUUUCUUCAAACCUUGCAACUAUGAGCUAUUUGUCAAGCAGUCCCUUAACAUGGAAAUGGGGAUUGAAAUGGCUAGGGAGGCCGACAUGGAUUGGAUUUUUCAUUUGGACACUGAUGAGCUAAUAUAUCCAGCUGGAACGCGUGAAUUCUCUGUGAGAGAGCUCCUAUCAGACAUUCCUCCUCAUGCUGAUAUGGUUGUGUUUCCUAACUAUGAGAGCAGCGUCGAGAGGGACAACAUAAAGGAACCGUUUAGUGAAGUAUCAAUGUUCAAGAAGAGUUUUGACCACCUCACUAAAGAAACUUACUUUGGAAACUACAAGGAAGCGACCCGUGGCAACCCAAAUUACUUUUUGACAUAUGGAAAUGGGAAAUCAGCUGCCCGUAUAAAGGAUCAUCUUCGUCCCAAUGGCGCUCACAGAUGGCACAACUAUAUGAACAGUCCCUCUGAGGUGAAAUUGGAUGAAGGAGCUGUUCUGCACUACACAUAUCCCAAGUUCUCAGAUUUGACGUCAAGGCGUGAUCGCUGUGGUUGUAAGCCUACCAAGGAGGAUGUUAAAAGAUGCUUCAUGCUUGAGUUUGACAGAGAUGCAUUUAUAAUAGCUUCAACAGCAACAGAAGAGGAAAUGCUUCUCUGGUACAAUGCACACGUAGUUUGGAACGAAGACGCACUAAAGCAGAAACUUUUGAGGAAUGGGAUGUUGGUGCGGAUAUACGCUCCCAUGAUUAUAAUUCAGAACCUGAGAGAGUCUGGGGUUUUCACUUCUGUCAUUGCCGGAGCCCAUGGAAGAAGAGGAGGAGAGAGUUUGAGAGCAGAGUCUUUGCUCUCAACCGAGAACAAGAUGAUGAAUUCGUCUGGACUUUCUUCCAGGAAAAUGGGACAUAGUUCCGAAGCUCAAACCGUUGCAAGGAAGGCCAUGUCUUUGGGAGAACAAUCCGAAUCUGAAUCUGAAUCUCAUGCAGUUCCACCCCUAUCACCUCCUACCAUAUAAGCUAGCCUCCUAGCUAGUGUUUAUAUUUGAAAAAAAAAGAAAAUUUAUACAAGAAUGAACUUAACACUGAAGA